UCUCAUAAUCCACCGGGGACAAUUCCAAUUACCGAGCCGCCGAAUUAUUCUCGACUAAAAUAUUUUCAUUUCUUUCAUGAUCAUUCCGAAAAAUCGAAGAAAUAAUAUUAAAACGCAACUCUGAAGGCUCCAACCGACUGUUAACCUCUUCCCCAGGUACACCGUUUGAACCGAUGGCCCGGUGAAACACCUAAAAUCGUAAACAAUGGCAACAAGUCCCACUUUUCGCGACAUAGAGAGCUCGUUGAAGGAGGCUUUGUACGAGACAUUGGAAGGAAUCCUCUCGCCUCAUCGUGAAGAUCGUCAGGCAGCAGAGCAGAGAAUUCAGGCUCUCGAGGUAACCGACGACUUUGGAAUUCACCUGACUGAAUUCGUCGUCGACAGAAAUGGACCCCUGGAGAUAAGACAACUCUCAUCUGUUCUCUUGAAACAAUAUGUUGAGGUCCACUGGUCCCCAGAGGCUGAGAAAUUUCGCCCACCGGAGUUGAAACAGGCGACGAAGGAGAGAAUAAAGGAGCUCCUGCCUCUGGGUCUUCACGAGAGCAUCAGCAAGGUCAGGGCUUCUGUUGCAUACGCUAUAUCAGCUAUUGCUCGUUGGGAUUGGCCUGAGAACUGGCCAGGGCUCUUCGAUAUUCUUGUUAAUUGUCUCAGUGGACAGAGUGAAUUCGCUGUGCAUGGGGCGAUGAGAGUUCUCAGUGAAUUCACCCGAGAUCUCACUGACACUCAAUUGCCAAAUGUUGGACCUGUUAUUUUGCAGGAAAUGUACAGGAUAUUCCAGAGUGAUAAUCAGUACUCUAUAAGGACGAGGGGCAGGGCUGUGGAAAUUUUUGCUACGGUUACUGGAUUAGUGGCAUCCACAGGGAUGUAUCAGAAAGGAUUUGUUCAGCAGUAUUUACAGCCUGUCAUACCCAUGUUUUGUGAGAAAUUUGUUAAGUACUUGGGUCAGCCCAAUGGCCCCGUCAGUGAUACUGGCCUCAAGACGGAUAUCAUUAAAGCUGUUAAUUGCCUAGCAAAGAAGUUAUCAAAAUAUGUGGCUAAUUAUUUGCCUCAGAUACUUCCGCCUAUUUGGGAUACUCUGGUGCAGAGUGCCAAACUCUAUCAGGAGGAGAUGGUCAAUGGGGGAAAUGAUGAGGAUAUCGAUGAGAAGGAAGUCGACUCUGAUGGGGAGAUAAUAAAUUUCAAUAAUCUCAUCAUCGCCAUAUUCGAAUUCAUUCAGAUCUUCAUGGAUCACAAAAAAUUCUCGGGACUUCUCACGAAUCUUGCUGGCGAAACAAUUUACUAUUUAAUAAUAUUCAUGCAGAUUACUGAGGAGCAGAUUGAACUCUGGACUGUUAAUCCCAGUCAAUUUGUCGAGGAGGACGCGCAGUGUGCCUUUGCCUAUAAUGUUAGAAUAUCAGCGCAGGAGUUGCUAUAUGCCCUGAUUCAACGCUCGGAGGAGGAUUCUGUGAAUACACUUUGUGGAAUUGUGACGAGGCACAUCGAGGCCGCCAACUCCAUGAGAGCGACAAACGAAAAUUCCUGGAAGCUGUCAGAAGCAGCGAUUUUUGCGCUGAGCACAGCGAGAGAUCAACUCGUUGAUAAAUUGAAAGCUGGAGAGCUUCAGUUUGAUAUCGUGGGAUUUUUGGAUCGUGUUAUUCUUGGAAUUCUCAAUGAUUCAAGUGCUCACCCAUUUCUUUUGGGUCGUUGCCUCUGUCUAGCCGGAAGAUGCGCCCGUCAAAUUCCACCUGAGAUGAUUCCCCGCUUCCUAGAAGCGACAGUCAAUGGACUUCAGGAGAACCAGCCCAUCUGCAUCAGAAUCAGUUCCGUCCGAGCAGUUUACUGGUUCUGCGAGGCACCUACAGCUCCCAAUGACUUGAUUGAUAAUUCUGUGAGAUCACAGCUGUCAGCAAUGUUCCAGGGGCUGUUUAAUCUCGUGGCUAAUCAGCCGACGAUUGAAGUGUUAAAUCUAGUUAUGGAGACGUUUGCAGUUGUCAUUUCUGUCGACAAAGACUUCACGGCCAGUGUCGAGGGAAAAAUCUGUCCCCUGACGAUAGCUGUUUUCGUGAAAUACCACAGUGACCCAGAGAUCCUAUCAAUCUGUCAAGAUAUCUUCAAGGAAUUGACAGAAAAUCCCCAGUGCAUUGAGCCUCUUCAAACACGACUAAUUCCAACGCUUGUCAGCAUGUUGACAGCGAAUUCUCAGGAUAAAACUGGAGAGGAAGGCACCAAAGAAGUGGCUCUGGAUGUCCUGCAGGUGUUAGUUCAAUUUUCACCCCGUAAUUUGAGCAGUGCUCUAGUGGAGAGUGCAUUUCCAGCUGCCUGUCACUGCAUACUCAACUCAGAUGACAAUGGAACACUUCAAAGUGGUGGUGAAGUGAUUCGAACAUAUUUAUUAGCUGGUGCAAGACAAGUUAUCGAUCACAGGGAUAGCGAGGGGCGAACAGGUCUGCAUUAUAUCCUUCAAAUUGUCGCUCAGCUGUUGAAUCCACAGUCCAGUGAAUUCACAGCUACAUUCGUUGGUAGAUUGAUGACGACAUUGAUCAGGAAAGUAGGGAGUAGCUUGGGAGAGAAUCUUGAUCUUCUCCUGAAAGCUGUCCUGAGUAAAAUGCAGAGGGCUGAGACUUUGACAGUCAUGCAGAGUCUGUUGAUGGUCUACGCGCAUUUGAUUAAUACUGAGUUCGAUGCUGUUCUCAAUUUUUUGUCAACAGUGCCAGGGCCAACUGGACAGAGUGCACUGGCAUUUGUUCUCGUUGAAUGGGUUGCAAGACAGCACUCUUUCUUUGGCAGUUAUGAUAGAAAAGUAACAAUUGUAGCGCUCUCCAAAAUAUUGGAGCACGGAGUGACUAAUGAUGAUGCUAGGCUCAAUGAAAUCAUGGUGAAGGGCGAUGAGAUAUUUCCACUCACUGAUGAUGGGGUUCGCACAAGGAGCAAGACCCAAUCACAACCUCAUCAAUGGACAACCGUUCCCAUUCUCGUUAAGAUUUUUAAACUCAUUAUUAAUGAGAUUUUCAAUGAUAUGGAAGCUGGCUGUGCUAUCAGUCAGGACACUGAGGACUCUGACGAGGAAGAAGUGGUGGAUGAGAAUGAUGUAUUCAUAAAUCCUGGGAAUGAAUCCGAUUUAUUACGAAUAACUGAUGAAACAGACGACGAGGACGAUCCCGAGCUCCUCCAGGAUUCCAUCUAUCACCUCAACCUGAAUCAAUAUCUACGAGAUUUUCUCACAAACUUCUCGAACCACCACUGCUUCCCUGCCUUCAUCCAACACCUCAAUCCAAUUGAACAGAAAAUCCUCAACAAUCUCAACAUAACUCUACCAUUCAUCCAGUGAAAAUCUCUAAAGUAUCUAUCAUAAUAAAUAUUCAAGCCAUGUUUUUUUUCUACUACUAUGUACAUUGUUAUCAAUAUAUUAGAAUACAUACCAGGAUUAAAAAUGAAAAAACAUUGAUAAUAAAUGUUUAAAAUAGUUUUGGCAA